GCUUCUGUUCAAAACUUUAUAACCUGUAUAGAAAAAAAGGGAAGGAUAAUUAUCUAUAAAUUUUUCUUGCUGUCUCGACGACGAGUAAUGAAAGUUUCAUCAUGUUUUUGCCAACCACACAAGGACACUAACAUCACGAGUUUUAAAAUGACGAAUUAUUGAAAUAAUUAUUGAAAUUGACGAAUAAAAGCUCCCAUGCAAGAACAACUUAGAGAUAACGACUGAUAAAAUGACAACUUAUAUGUAUUGAAGACUUUUAAAUAAUCUUUCUACUAUGAAAACAUAGACAAAAAUGUAGAAAUGAAGGUAGACCUAAAGGCUAACACGAUAAUGUACAAUGUUGCUCAACUGUGUGGAGUAAAAAUUCUCGGAAGAUGAUUCACAAAGUGUUGAAAUGAAAAGUUUUUUGUAGCGUUUCCCACCUAUACUGACUAAUAAAAGUGACACAUUUGUUUUGGCUUUUAUGUUACAUUCCAAAUGUGAUAGAAAUAGAAGAUAAAAUUCACUUGUGCUGAUUCUGAUGAGUAAAUUUGCAUAUUAUCCGUCUAAUGCUUGAGUGUCGUAUGGAGCUCGGGCAAAGCCGUGUCAUGCCGUGAUACUUGAAGUAUUUUGUAAAAAAAUAUGGUUGAAUUGGGACGAUGGUAUGUUGAAAUAGAUGGUAAAAAUUUGCAGAAAUAUAAAGAUUAUAAAGCAAAAGAAUUCGAUGCCAGUCAAAGUGAUAUUAACAAAUCGUAUACUAGAUGCGAUUGAAGCAGUAUUUCAACUAGAUGGAGUUUCAAACGAGUUUAAAAACCAACUUCAAGGAUGGAGACAAAUACAGGGAAACUUGAAAACAGACGAGAAAGAAAGCAAUGAUACUUUGUCCAUCCCAUUUUCAAUUGUCAAACAGCUUUAUGAAACACUAAAAAAUGCUGGAAAAAAGUUUUAUUUACACAAAUUAUUAGAGGAAAGCGGUUUAUAUUACGAAAGAAAUUCUCCACCAGAAAAGAGUCCAGAAUUGAUAAAAAGACUACAGGAACUUCAAGCUGAACAAAAUAAUCUUCGAUACAAAGCAAUGGUGAAAAAUGUUGAUAAAGAGUUAAGUUAUAGAGAUAAGGAGACCCUUGGAUUUGAAGUCCGCUCAACAAGUAGGCAAUUGUCAAGUGUGAUGAAUUUUGUGUUGUCUGUUGGUGGAACAUUUACUUUUGGCUUCAUGUGCUCUCAAUAUGCAUUUACAACCAUUGGCUUGAGAAUAAUGUUUGGUAUUAUAUUGGCAAGUGUUGUUGCGCUUGCAGAACUGUAUUUCAUGGCAAAAGGGUCAGAAUUUUAGUUUUAUUGAUCUAUAACAUUUUUCAUCUAAAUUAUUAUCAUGUUCACAUCAAUUCAAUAAUGUGAAUCAUUGAGUAAAAUCUAUGUCUUUUAUACACUAAAAAGCACAAAUAUUUUGUGUUGUUUUUCAUUUUUAAUUUAGUGCUCUGAAAUGUAUUUGCACACAAAAUUACAUACUGAGUUGAUUGACCAUUUGUAUGAAAAUAAAGAUGUAAUUUAGAGUAAAACAUUUAGGAAUAGCUACAACGUACUAUGAAGUUAAAUCAAUUUACUUGCAGACAAGUUGGAAUAUAAAGGUAUAUUUUGAUCAGCUUACAACCAAA